AUGGCAUCCGUGAACUCGCUAGCGACUGUACCGGCCGCAGCAGCUGCGGCUGGCAGUUCGUCUGCUCGCCCAGGCUCCAUAACCCCCUCGCACUCCGUUCCAGCACAUGCACAACCCAUCCCUCCUUCUCCGCCGCCACCGGCCGGCGCGAUUCCUCUAGGUGGGGCCGUGGCGCCGCCGGGCUCGCAGGCCAUCUGGGCCGCGCGCCUCGUAGACCUACUGAACCUGGUUCGUCACGAAUUUGACGUGAUUGGCAACGAUGCCGUGCACUUCAAGGCGCAACGCGACGAACUGGAACACCGAAUUGCCCAGCAGUACAACGAGGUCACCCUCAUGCAAGAGCAUAUUUACGAGCUGGAGAAGCGCCAUUUCGAGAUUGUGGCUCACUACGAGGAUGAGAUCAAGCACCUUCGGGCGCGCCUCGACUCGCGCAGCAAUGCCAACAGCGUGCCCGACGGGCCACCGGUACUUCCUCCCCGCAGCCAUGCUCCCCUGACGCCGGCUACUGAUGCACCACUGCCUGCGAUGGCCGAGGCAUAUGAGCGUGAUCCACGUGAGCGUUCGCCACCAGUCGCUGAGGCGGCGUGGCCGCCGUCGAAGCGUGCCAAGACCACGCAGGCGCCAGUGCCGCCGGAGCUGCCACGCACGACACGCGACGAGCGCGAGCCCAAGCAGAUCGAUGAAGAUGUACAUGCUCCCGCGAAGGCCAUGCCUAUGGUGGAGCGCUCGGCGAGUACGAGUCAGCCUCGGGAGGGCCAAGCUGCUGCUCCCGCCGAUGCUCCGGCCGUCCCUGCCGCGGAGUCCGAGCCAGCACAAGAAAUCAAAAAGGAGGGUACUGACUGGGUGGUCGUAUACAAUCCGCAUAUGCAGCCGUCGCUGGAUAUCGACCUUGUGCACAGCUUUUCACACGACAGCGUUGUCUGUUGCGUGCGUUUUUCGCCUGACGGCAAGCUCCUGGCGACUGGGUGCAACCGCAGUGCGCACAUAUACGACAUUGAUACUGGCGCGAAGGUAUGUGUGCUGCGAGACGAGCCGCCGGCAAUCCCUGGCGACCUGUAUAUCCGCAGCGUGUGCUUUAGUCCCUGCGGCAAAUUCCUCGCGACGGGUGCCGAAGACCGCCAGAUCCGCAUCUGGGACCUUGCGGAGAAACAGAUCAAGAAGGUGCUGACGGGCCACAAGCAGGAGAUUUAUUCUCUGGCGUACUCGAGCGACGGCAAGAUGCUGGCUAGUGGCUCGGGUGACAAGACGGUCCGUCUGUGGGAUGCGGAGACGGGGGAGACGCUGCAUGUCUUGUACACGAGCCCUGGCCUGAACUACGGUCCCGGCGUCACCACUGUGGCGUUGAGCCCCGAUGGCCGACUGGUGGCCGCCGGCGCGCUGGACACAUUUGUGCGUCUGUGGGAUACCAGGACCGGCAAGCUGCGAUGCCGUCUCAAGGGCCACAAGGACAGCAUCUACAGCGUGAGCUUCAUGCCAGAUGGCCAAUCCCUCGUCAGUGGCAGUCUCGAUAAGACGCUCCGGCUGUGGGGCCUCACGAGUGUCAUCAAGGUGCUCGAUACCAUGGACGACGAGGUUUCAAAUGCGUCCUUGAACGCUGUCACGUUCACAGGCCACAAGGACUAUGUUCUUUCGGUAUCCUGCUCCAUGGACGGCCGCUGGAUCGCAUCCGGCUCCAAGGACCGCUGCGUCGAGUUCUGGGAACCCAAGACAGGCCAGACGCAGCUGGUCCUACAGGGCCACAAGAACUCAGUUAUCGCCACAUGUAUGAGCCAGACCCGUCAGCUCCUGGCGACGGGCAGUGGCGAUUUCAACGCACGGAUUUGGUCGUACAAGGAAAAGUAG